AAUGUUGCCCCGCUUCAAUGUUCGACAAAGCGACAAGCCUUGUCCAAACAAAUCCAGGCCGAACUAAGCGCCGCAGAUGAACCAACAUCCACAUCUUCUAAUACACCCGAGACACGAUGGAAUCAUUUCAAAGAAGUAGUCUCUAAAGCUUCAAUGUCGCAUUUGGGUACCACAUCCAAGAAGCAGAAAGACUGGAUUUCAGAGCACACCAUGCUUCUAUCCUCGCAAGCCAGAGACGCUCGCCUAGCAAAGUCUCCAGUUUAUCGCUCCCUCAGGCGCAAAGCUACACAGUCUGCUAGGAACGACAGAAAUCGCUAUUGGUCUAACGUGGCGACUAACAUGGAAGCAGCAUCAAAUGUAGGCGAUUUCGGAAAACUUUAUCGCCUCAUACGCCAAUCAUCUGGCAAACGCCUUAACAGUCAUGCUGUGUUACGCACAGCAUCAGGAGAAAUUAUUUCGGACACCAAUGGUAAGAUGGAACGAUGGGCCGAACACUUCAAGCAGCUACUCAAUCGCGACGCUGGUCAACCGUCUCAUCGACCGAUACGACACUUACCAACACCCUACGUAGUUGACUGCGAUCCACCCACUCCAACCGAAAUAGCUAAAACAAUUAACAGACUCAGAAACAAAAAAGCUCCGGGCGAAGAUGGUCUACCCCCAGAAAUAUACAAGGCCUGCACUCCAGCGCUAAUCGAUGCACUGCACUCGCUGUUCUGCUCAAUUUGGGAGUCCGAAACCAUUCCUUCCGAUUGGAGCACCUCAGUUCUGCUACCGUUCCACAAAAAGGGAGACAGGUCAAUAUGCGAGAACUACCGAGGCAUAAGUCUGAUUGAUAUCGCUGCUAAGGUUUUUGUUUCCAUUCUCCUGAACCGCUUCGCGGCCGAACGCCACGUGCGAACAAGGCCAAAUCAAGCCGGAUUUCGACCUGGAAGAGGCUGUGUUGAUCAAUUAUUCACACUGCGAAGAAUUUUGGAACACAGGGACAAAUUCCAACAGCCGACGGUUGCUUGCUUCAUCGACUUCCAAGCGGCAUUCGACUCAGUUGAUCGAGGAGCACUCUGGUAUCUAAUGGAGCUCGACGGAGUUCCGACCAAGCUAAUCAACCUGCUCAGGUCAUACUACUCCAACACCAAAGCUCGAGUCCGAGUGAACGGUGAAGAGUCCCGCACUUUUGAGGUAACCAGCGGUGUCCGGCAAGGUUGUCCAGCAUCCCCCAUCCUGUUCAAUUUCACAAUUGAUUGGAUUUUGCGGCACGCCCUAACCGAGCACCACGGCGUCCAACUUUCGCCCGAUAUUCACAUAACCGACCUCGAAUUCGCCGACGACGUCGUGCUGUUAGCUGAAAACUUCCCCGAUAUGCAACAGGCGCUCGACCAGAUAAACCACCUCGCGCCUACUAUCGGUUUGAAAAUUAACACUUCCAAAACCAAAAUGUUUUCGAACACAUCCACCAGCAAUGAUGAAAUCUUAUCCCUAAAUGGAGCACCUAUUGAAAUUGUGCCAUCCUUCAGAUAUCUGGGAUCCAUAAUGCUCCCCAACGGCCAAGCGAAAAACGAAGUGAAUGCGCGAAUCUCCAACGCCCGGAAUGCGUUUCUACAGCUGAGGAGCGUUCUAUGGAGCAAGAGAGAAAUCAGUCUCAGGACUAAAAUUCGGGUCUACCAAGCUUCCAUACGACCCGUUCUCCUGUAUGGCUGUGAAACCUGGCCUCUUCGCGCGGAAGAUUUACGCAGACUCGAGGUAGUAGACCAUUGGUGCCUCAGGUACAUUCUGCAUGUUCGUUGGCAGGACAAACUCUCCAACGAAGAAGUGCGUCGUCGUUGCUACAACAUCAACCAAAUUCCAGUACUGGUCCAACAACGCCGCCUUCGGUGGUUUGGCCAUGUUCUGCGCCGACCAGAUGACGAUCUGGUCAAAUCAGUUCUAAAUCCCUCGCCAUUACCAUCUUGGCGAUGUCGCAGGGGUGGACAGCUGAAGACAUGGCUUGGUACAGUCAAGGCUGAUAUGGAGUGCCUGGGGCUACAAACCGUCUACGGACUCCGUCUGUGGAACAAGAAUUGGAUAACCCUGUCGCAAAACCUUGCAUCAGAUCGCCGCGCCUGGGCAGCGAUGAUUCGAGACGUUCAUGAAGCCGGCUCAUCCUCCCGUAGGAGAUAGCCGAAGUAAAGUAAGUAAGUAAGU